AUGAGGGCGAGUCAGAGGCCAGGAGGGGUGUCCGCAGCGGCGUGGCCGCGCGCUGCUGCCUCGCCUGAGGAGAUGGAGAAGGAGGCGAUGGCGAGCGUCCCUGGGGAGGAGACGGAGGACCUGGACUUUCUGUCCGACCUGGAACUGGCGGACCUGCUGGACCCCCAGCAGCCGGACUGGCACCUGGAGCCCGGGCUCAGCUCUCCGGGGCCCCUCUCCUCGUCCGGCGGAGGAUCUGACAGCGGUGGCUUGUGGAGAGGCGACGACGACCAGGAGGCCGCGGCUUCCGAGAUGCAGCGCUUUUCGAACCUGCUGCAGAGGCUGUUAAAAGGCAUCGGAGCUUGCAGCAGCGGCAGUGACAGUGGCGGCGGCGAAAAGAGGCGGAGAAAGUCCCCAGGAGGCGGCGGCGGCGGCGGCGGCAACGACAGCAACCAGGCGGCGAUAAAGAAUCCCCGAAAGGCGGCGGCGGCGGCUGCCUGCCUCAACCGGCUGAAGAAGAAGGAAUACUGA